AUGAAGUUUGUCCAGAAUAUCGCGGGCUACCCUCGCCUGCUUCUGGCUGGUAACCCCUCAAGAGGAGAUUUAGCCAUCCUUUUGACGGGCAUCGUAUGCGCAAUAGCGUCCGGCGUGCCAUUUCCACUAAUUGGAAUUAUAUUUGGUCAGCUGCUCAAUGAUUUUAAUGCAGUUACUUGCACUGAAUCUUCCGAUUCUUCCAAUUCUUCCGAUUCUGGAAGCCAACACGAUAUCAACAGCAGGAUAUUGCUGAUCGUAUACCUCGCCAUUGCUCAAUUCAUCCUGAUAUAUGCUCAUCUCUCUUGUUGGAGUCUAUAUGGUGCUCGACUGGCGCAGCGACUGCGGGAAAGAUAUCUCCAAAACCUGCUUCGACAAGAACCGUCGUACUUCGACAAUCUACCUCCGGGAGAGGUUGCUUCUCGACUAAGCGCUGACAUUCAAACAAUUCGCUCCGGUACCUCAGAGAAAGUGGGAAUAUGUCUUGCAAGUGUAUCGUUCUUUGUCACAGCGUAUAUCGUGGCUUUCAUCAAGGAUUACAUCCUAGCAGCGCAGUUAAUUUCUUUGAUCCCGGCAUACUUUCUGAUGUCGUUCGUUGGUAGUCAUUACAUCGAGAAGUAUUCCGGAUUGAUGUCUGAUUACGCUGCUACAGCUGCAUCAAUCGCAUCGGAAGCGCUUUCGAAUAUUCUCGUCGUGCAGGCGUUUGGUGCCAAUCGGCGACUGGAGAGCAAAUUCGCUAUUGCCCUCAAAUCAGCGGAACGCGAGGGUCUGAAGAAAGCUGCAGCAGUCGGUAUACAGUCAGGAUUUCUAUAUUUUAUUUCUUAUUCGGCGAAUGGUCUGGCUUUCUGGCAGGGAAGUAAACGUAUUGCUGACGCGGUGCGUGAUGGUUCUCCUGGUGCCACUGUGGGUUCUACCUUUACGGUCAUUUUCAUUCUCAUCGAAGCUACCUUGCUUCUCAGCCAAGUUGCCCCAUUUUUGCACCUGUUCGUCGCAGCUGUCGCUUCCUUCCAAAAGUUGCGCGAGGAUAUGGAUCGCCAGUCCUUGAUUAAUGGCACUAACAGUUCUGGCCUUCGCCUAUUGAAAGCACAAGGUGGCUUCGAAUUCAAGAAUGUCUCAUUUAAAUAUCCCGCCAGACCAGAGGUAACGGUUCUCGACGGUAUAAAUUUGUCUAUACCACCCAACAAACAUACUGCUAUCGUUGGGCUAUCGGGAAGCGGCAAGUCAACUAUCGCAGGUUUAGUCACAAGACUCUAUGACGCGACAGAAGGUCAGAUACUUUUUGACGGAAAUGAUGUGCGGGAGAUCAAUGUUCGAGAUCUUCGAGGUUUUUUAAGUCUUGUGCAGCAGGAGCCUUCUCUCCUCAAUCGCUCGCUUCUAGAGAAUAUCGCACAUGGCUUAAUAAAUUCUAGUGACUUCAGAUUUUCCCACUUAAAGGAAACUUUGCUUAGCUCCGAGCUCGCAGAACUGGCAAGAGAAGUCAGAGAGGGCAUGGAUCUGAAUUCUGCAGCGGAGCAGCGCGGCGCAGACAUUGCUGAGAUUGUCCGCUUAGUACAACACGCCGCCGUGCUUGCUGACGCAGAUACUUUCAUCAAUGCGUUGCAAUAUGGAUACGGCACAAUUGUAGGAUCCAGUGGACGCCUGAUUAGCGGUGGCCAGAAACAACGUGUCUCACUGGCCAGAGCGCUGGUGAAAGAUCCCGCGGUAUUGAUUAUGGAUGAGGCCACUGCGUCCCUGGACUCUCAAAGUGAGCAACGUAUUCAACGAGCGAUCAAGAAUAUUGCAAACGGCCGGACAAUGAUAACAAUUGCUCAUCGACUAUCGACCAUCACUACCGCCGACAACAUUGUUGUUAUGCAGAAGGGACAUAUUCUAGAGCAGGGAUCGCAUUCUGAAUUGAUGGCCAAAAACGGAGCAUACGCCGACCUUGUCAAACUACAAACGCUUGGGUCAUCUUCUCAGAAUGAAAAGUCUGCCAAGUCUGAAAUCGACGAAGUAUCAGACCUCACAUCCUUGACAUAUACCGAUAAUGAAGCAAGCAGCGUGUCAAACAACGACUCUGAGAAAGCCGAGGCAAACGUAAUCUCUACGACUGAAGAUCCAGUCACCGACAGCCCAUCAGCUGAUGGGGAAGAGGAACUAGAAACUCCAUCCAAGUCUUUGUGGGCACUAGUGCGAGGAUACGCACCAGCUGUCAGGCCACAUCUACUUAUAGUUCUCUUGGCACUCCUUGGAUCUAGCAUUGUCGGCGGAGCCUUCUCUGGAGAAGCCGUCAUUUUCGGAAACACCGUUGGAAGUCUGAAUCCCUGCAAGAGUCCCAGUAGCAUUGACGCGAGUGGCAACUUCUUCGGCCUUAUGUUCUUUAUACUUGGAAUCAUUGAGUUCUUCGCAAAUAUGGUUAGUUGGUCCGGAUUCGGUUGGGUUUCAGAAAAGAUGGUGUACACUGCGAGGGUGUUGUCGUUCCGAUCACUUUUCGAGCAAGAUCUUGAAUGGCACCAGUCGAAAGGGCGGACUCCUGCACUGCUUCUAUCCUAUAUCACCAGCGAUGGCAAUGCCCUAGCCGGCUUGAGUGGCUCUGUUAUUGGCUCGUUACUGUCAAUAACAAUUAACCUCAUCGCCGCAAUUAUUUUGACUCAUAUUAUUGCUUGGAGAAUUGCACUUGUUUGUUUGUCUCUUGUGCCACUCCUUCUCGGAGCUGGACUCAUGGAGCUUCGUGUACUCGGAAAAUUCGAAGAACGGCAUGAAAAUGCCUACACAACUUCUGUCGAUAUCGGUGUGGAGGCUAUCACCUCCAUCAAAACCAUUGCUUCUCUCUCCCUGGAAGAAGAGACAUUGAGCACAUACCGAAAAUCGCUCAAAGGGCCUCGCAAAGAGACACUCAGAGUGACCUUAGAAGCAAGUCUCUGGCAAGCAAUGACAUACUUCCUCGGUAACUGUGUGAACGCACUCGCAUAUUGGUGGGGAGCAAAACAGAUUAUAGCAGGAAACUACACUCAGACACAGUUCUUGAUUGUAGUUUUCUCCCUUCUUGUCAGCGCGCUUCUUUGGAGUCAAAUGUUUGCUCUUGCACCAGAACUCUCCAACGCGAGAGCAGCAAUGGCUCGGAUUUUGGGUUUGAUUCAGCUUGGGUCUGACAAGAUGCAAGGACAUGUGUCCGAUUAUUCUCUCACCUUGCCGUCUUCUGGAGGAGAUUUGAAAGAGAAAGACGUUGAAGCAAUUACGACAACAUCAUCUCGUCCGUCGGGAAGCCAGGCAGCAAGCGUCCAGCUCCGUGAUGUUCACUUCUCAUACCCAGCAAGAACAGACAUCAAAGUCCUAAACGGCUUGAGCGUCGAUAUCCGGCCAGGAAAAUUCUGUGCACUCGUCGGCCCAAGCGGCGCCGGGAAAUCAACCAUUAUCUCGCUAGUCGAGCGACUAUAUGCUCCACAAUCGGGCUCUAUCCUAAUCGACGGUGCAGAUGUAUCAAAAACACGAGAUGUUACUUUCCGAGAUACAAUAGCAUUAGUACCCCAGGAGAGUGUUUUAUUUGAGGGCAGCAUCGAAUUCAAUAUCGGCCUGGGCGCAAAACCAGGACAAGAAGCGACCUUGGAUGAGAUUAUAGAAGCAUGUAAACUCGCCAACAUCCACGAUACCAUCGCAGCAUUACCGAACGGGUACCAAACUCUCUGCGGACCGAAUGGGAGUCAGUUCUCUGGAGGCCAAAAGCAGCGAUUAUCCAUCGCCCGAGCACUGGUUCGAAAGCCCAGAUUGUUGAUUCUGGAUGAAUCAACGAGUGCUUUGGAUGCCGAAUCCGAGAAACUGCUGCAAGAUGGACUUGAGAAGGCAGCGAGAGGAAUUACUGUCAUUGCAAUUGCGCAUAGAUUACACACUAUAAGGAAAGCUGAUAUCAUAUUCUUGAUUGAGGCGGGAAAAUGCGUGGAUCAUGGAUCGCAUGAGGAACUGUUGGAGCGAUCGGAGAGCUAUAGAUUGAAUGUCAUGCAUCAAACGGUGGGCGAGUGA